CCACGAAGUACUGCCUCCUGGGGCGGUGUUCCUUGCCCGUCGCGAACCUGUAUAUCCUGACGAGAACUCACGAUAUAUCCUGACGAGGUCCAGGAUCCACGACGGCGCUAUAAGAGAAUUGUCGGGUUUCUUCAGGGGCGUACUGAUUCUCGAGAUCGCUAAUCCCGUGUCCAGAUAGGAAUCUCUGCCGGGUCAAGCCUGCCCUUCUACUGGUUUCGCAGCUAUCUGUAGACGAUGCGCGCUCUACAUCUGUCGGCCUGCGCAGCCCUUGUGCUCUUCUGUAUCCCAUGCGUCUUCGCGAGCCCCUCCGAUGCGGACCUAGGACUCGAUGCGCAUCUUGCCGUUGUAUCCGCCAACACAACGGCAGACGAGGUCGCAGAUGCCUCUGGCGCGGGGCCCCUCGUCGACCUCGGCUAUGCCAAGUACGAGGGCGUGGCGGACGAGAGCACGGGCACGACGCGCUUUUUGGGCAUGCGGUACGCGGUGCCGCCGAUAGGCAGCCUACGCUUCCGGGCCCCCGUCGCACCCCUGCCGGACCCAGGCGCGCCUACACUAAAAGCUGACUCGUACCCUCCGAUGUGCGCGUGCGGAGAGAUGGGCUUCGCACCCGAGGAGCGUCCCCCUGCGACGCAGUCGGAGCAGUCAGAGGAUUGUUUAUUUUUGAACGUUUUCGUCCCCGGCAACCUUACCUCUUCAUCCUCGGCCUCACCCAAGCCCGUCCUCGUCUGGAUCCACGGCGGCGGGUAUCAUACCGGGAGCUCGUCUGGAUAUCCGGGCGGCGAGCCGUACUCGGGCGACGACUUGAUACGUGCGGCGAAGGGGGAGAUCGUUGUUGUAACCAUUCAGUAUCGGCUGGGAGUCCUCGGAUUCCUCGCGGGGAAGGAGGUGAAGGAAGACGGGGUGUUGAAUGCGGGGCUAUUGGACCAGCAGCUUGCGUUGCGAUGGGUGCAAGAGCACAUCAGCAAGUUCGGCGGCGACCCCUCCGACGUUACCAUCUGGGGCCAGUCCGCCGGCGCGGGCUCUGUCCUGCACCACGUCAUCGCGAAUGGGGGCAAGACGGAGCCGCCGCUGUUCAGGAAGGCGAUGCUGAGCUCGUUGUUCAUCCCGCCGGAGUACGCGUAUGAUGAUGAGGUGCCGGAGUCUAUUUACCACUCCCUCCUCAACCGCAUCGGCUGCAACUCCCUUCAGUGCCUGCGCGAGGUCGACUUCGAGACGCUGCGCGAGGUGAACUACGACCUCACCACCGGCGCAUUCUACGGGACCUUUGUUAUGGCGCCAGUCGUCGAUGGCGACUUUGUGAGAAGGGCGCCGUUGGAGGCGGUGGCGAGGAGAGAGGUGAAUGUGCACGAAGUCCUCGCGAUGGUGAACACGGACGAGGGCGGCAUCUUCGUGACGCCCAAAACCGCUGGCAUGCCCCUUGAUGAGUACAUCACAACGCUGUUCCCCAAGAUGGGCGUGGAGGAGGCGAAGAAGGGCGCGGCGCUGUACGAGGGCUUGGGCUCGUCGACGCGGUUGCAGCAGAUGGUCAUGGGAGAGGCGAUCUUUGUAUGCCCGAACUACAAUAUCGGCAAGGGCUUCGAUACGGUGUAUAGGGGAACCCUCGCCACCCCACCUGGCGCACACGGACAAGACAUCAACCUCUUCUUUCGCUCCCUUGACCAAGUCCUCGUCUACUUUCCCUGGUCGCCACCCAGCGCCGAGUUUGCAGACGCCUUCGCGGACAUGUUCAUAUCCUACGUCCUCACUGGCAAGCCUCGCCGCCACCUGCUCGAUGCACGCGGUCUGUGGUCGACAAUUAAGACGGCGGCGGAGGGCGUGCUGGGAGCGGUGAAUAAGGUGACUGGGCUGUCGCUGCAAGUGCCGAGUUUUCUAGAGACGACCUCCGUGCCGGUCUGGGCGGCGGAGAACCCGCGGGAGGUGCUGUUCAAUGUGACGGAGGCGGGCGUGCCGUAUGUGGCGGAGGGAGAGACGGAUGCGGCGUUGUUGGAGAGGUGUGCGUUCUGGUGGGAUGUGCGAGGGUGGACGCAUCAGUAAAUGUGCGAUGUCCUCAGUCGAAGCCACUUCGUUCCUGAACACAACUACAUGCUGAUGUCAACUACGACGAGACGAACAAGAUGAUCUAUGUACUGUAAAUUACCUGCAUGCGACACGUAUAUAAAUACCAUGAGUGACAACAAGAGGGAGUGUCGAACAUAAGUAGGCGCUGUGAAACAUAUGAGUAGAGCCGUGCAUAGUCCGCCAGCAUGAGGGAUAAAAGGUCCGCAUAACAUUAUAUACGACGCGCCUCCUCCGGGUCAAUAUCUUCUUCCAGCCAGUAGGGCAGCGGGAUCUCCCGUGUGGCACGAUAUUGGUCCACAUUGCCGAUGUGCUCGUUCUCCAGGCGGUAGAAAUUCCAUACCCAACGCCUCGUCACCUCCACG